AUGUUGCUCAUCGGAAUUCUCGCUAUGGGAUUCGGGGCUGGGGCGGGGGCGGGGGCAGCAGCAGGCGCAGGGGGUUUGGCGGUUGGAGUGGGAGGGGGAGUUGUAUCCGUCGUGUGUGGUGGCCUGCUCUUCGCAAUCGCGCUGGUGACGUGCUGCCUGUGGGCCAUGUGGGAGGUGGCGGAGCGAAUGGAGGCUCAGGCGGCCAGGCAUCUCACAGAGCUGGCUGCUGCCAGGGCCACCCAGGAGGGGGCGAUACGCGCCAAGAAGGAAUUCUUGGGUUGUAUUUCGCACGAGAUUCGCACUCCUAUCAACGGGAUUAUAGGCAUGUUGCAACUAUUAGUCGAAGAAUGUGAGCUGGAUCAGGAUCAGAGGGAUGCCAUCGACACUGCGCUUCUCUCCUGCUGGACUCUCACUGACUGGCUGGCAAAGUUUGUCUAUUCUGAGUCUCCCCUAAACCUCGCGUGGUACAGUGGUGCUGGUAACCAGCCUCUUCAAGCCAUGGUGUGUGUGAAUGACGGGGAGGGGCCCGAUGCACGUUCAGGUGCUGCUGGUGCUGCUGCUGCUGCUGCUGCUGCUGAGACAAGGGAGGAUGUAGGGUAUGUGAGCGGUGAUAGCAGUUAUGCCAGUGGUGCUGGUGGGUAUGUCAGCGGCGACGGUGGGUAUGUGAGCGGUGGUGAUGGAGGAUACACCAGCAGUAGCUCCACUGGUGGCAGGGGGGUGGCUGGAAGCAGGUUCGGGGCUGGAAGCAGCACAAGCAGCAGCCAACACUCUGAUGGUGUUAAGUUGGGCAGAAUGGGGAAGUACCGGAUGGGCAGCAGUCACAGCACCAGCAGCCUGCCUUGCAGCAUUGUCAGUAAAGCGAAGGUUGUUAUGGGUGAUAGUAGCGGGGGCAGGGCCGCUGGUAAUGCAAGGGUUGCCGCAGGCGAUAGUGGUGGUUUCGGCAGUGUGAGUAUGUCGAAAGCUGCUACAGAUGGCAGUGAUGGUAGCAGGAUUGUGAGCAAUGCGGGUGAUAGUGGUAUCAGUAUGUCAAGAGCGGCUACAUGUGACAGUAGCAGCAGCAGGACUGUGAGUAAAACGAAAGUUCCUUUAGGUAAUAAUAGCAUUAUCUGUUUGGCUAGGGCUGCUACAGGUGAUAGUAGCGGUAGCAGGGCAGUCAAUAAAGGGUCGCAAAGCUGGAAUGAGGGGAGGAGUUUUGAGACGUCUCAAGAGUCUGCUACAGGCGGUAGUAGCGGUAGCAGGGCAGUCAAUAAAGGGUCGCAGAGCUGGAAUGAGGGGAGGCGAAGGGAGCGAGAAGGGUACCCUUCUGUCACUCACCUGAGUGCGCCUGGUGCUGCUGUUAGCAGCAGGGAGGUGUGUGUGAGGGAAGGUACAGCUGGGGAGGGUGCAGCUGGGGAAGACUUGUGGGGUGGAGGAGAGGUGGUUCCUGUGAGUGGGUUGGCUGCUACCCCUUCCUCUUGGUCCUCCGAAAUGGAUCUGUUGAUUGGUGGCAGCUGGGGAGGGGAUGGUGGGAGAGGUGAGAGUAGUGUGCGUACGUGGGAGGGGGAUGGAGGGAAGCAGGACGUGAAGGAUGGGCGAGAGAAUGGAGAGGAGGGAGAGGAGGGAGAGGAAGAGGUAGGGGAUGGAGAAAAGGGGGAGGAGGUGGAGAUGAGACGAGCCAAGACUCUGGAAGCUGAUUGGUCAGGGAGGCAAGGCGGGAGGAGAGGAGUGACGUUUGCAGAAGCAGAUGAGGGGGAGCGAGCAGGGGAGGAGGGCGGAGGAAGGGUGAGGGAGCGGAGAUUGGGAAGCAGAUCGCGGUUUCCCGACAUGGUACUGGCGGAGCGGCAGCAUGGGGCCAUGGAGCAGCACCAUGGGGCCAUGGAGCAGCACCAUGGGGCCAUGGAUCCCCCUACAGGCUCAACCCACUUGGGGGUUACAGAUGGGUACAUGAGCAGUCCAGGCAGCACGGCCAGCUGGAGCAGCAGCAGGAGUCAGGCUCAGUCACACAGGUUCCCAUCCCCAUCUGGUACCUGGAGCCCUGCUGCUCCCACUGCUUCUCUCCCCACUGCUGCUGCUCCUUCUGCCAUUGCGCCAUCCGCAUCGCCGUCCUCUUCUCCCUCCUCCUCGCCCUUCUCCCGUGCAUUCGUUCCGCCGUCCACUCUCACACCUGCACAUGCUGCACCUGCACCAUCUGGUAGAGAUCUUCUCACAGCCCUCUCACCUCGCUUCACGCAUUCCGCGGCCCUCCCGGUGUCUUUCGCCUCCACUGCUCCCUCCCCUACCGCCUUUUCCCCUUCUCACAUCUCACAUCUCUCAGUAUCUGCUGCUGUGCCUGCUACAGAUGCUGUGGCUGCUCACGCGAGAGUAGAGGCUUCAGCAGCUGGGGUUGUAGCAACAGCGGAUGUAGCAUCAGGGGCACGACAGGUGGACGAACCGAGCCAAGCACCCGCCCCUCCGCUUUCCCCAAGGUCCCUCACAGCAAGGCUGAGAGGGCGGCGGGUGUUGGUGGUGGAUGACAACGCGGUGAACCGCAAGGUGGUGCUGGCGAAGCUAAGGCCUUACGGCAUGGUGGGCGUGCAGGCUGAGAACGGCCGUGUUGCAGUGGAGCGGUUUAUAGAGGGGAUGAAUGGAAGCGGAGAUGGGGGUGCAGCGGAUGGUGGUGGGAGUGGUGAAGGGGGUGAGGGAGGUGGAGCGGAGGGGUUUGUGUGCGUUUUUAUGGAUCUUCAGAUGCCGGUGAUGGACGGCUAUGAUGCGACCAUUGAGAUCCGACAGUUGGAAGAGCAGAUGGGGCGACACCGGGUUCCGAUAUUUGCAAUCACGGCCGACAUUGUGGCGGGAGCUCCUGAGAGGUGCCAGGAGAUUGGGAUGAAUGGAUUCAUGACCAAGCCUCUUUCCAACGAUCAAUUGAAGGCCUCACUUGCAGUGGUGGCUGCUAACGUAUGA